AUGCGUGCUUCGUUGGCCAUAUUGAUUGUGUGCGCGUUUGCCGGCUUGGCAGCUGCCGCUCCACAGAAGGAAUACACGAACAAGUUCGACAACGUCAAUGUCGACGAUGUGCUGGGCAACCGUCGUAUUCUGGGCAACUACAUCAAAUGUCUGAUGGAGACCGGACCCUGCACGGCAGAGGGACGCGAACUGAAGCGUCUGUUGCCCGAUGCCCUCGAGUCGGAGUGCGCCAAGUGCACGGAAGUGCAGCGUCGUAACUCGAACAAGGUGAUCAACUUCCUGCGCAGCAACAACGCUGCCGACUGGAAGAAGCUGCUCGACAAAUACGACUCGAAGGGCAUCUACAGGGCAAAGUACGAGAAGAGUACUAAAGCUUAGCCAGUGAAUGAGAGAGAGAGAGAGGGAGAAAACUAAAAAUAUCAACUAAAACUUCUUAAAUGUAUACUCGUUAUUUAAACUACACAAUAAACACUUGCAUUUUUCUGUCUCAUACCUAUAAAAAUAA